AUGAAAGAUCGCCGAGAUGGUGAAAAAUUCAUGGGAGAAAUUGAACAGUCUUACACAAAGCUAACAGAUUUUUUCGGUGCAUUAGCAAAGCACCGCAAGCGUGGGCAGCAUCUUCUGGCUGAAAUUGAACGAGCUAAACGUUACUUUACUUUGCAACUGUGGGAUGUGACUGUUGUGGAAGAUGCUUACCAAAAAUUUGGUGCUGGGAUUGAUGAAAUGAUGAACUCAUUUAUCUGUUCAUUAAAUAAUGAUUGUACAAUGAUAAAAUUUAAAUCAUUUCUUCAAAACACACGAAAGGCCACAAUUAAAAGACCAGUAAAAGACAAAUAUACAAAGGAGAAAAAUGUUGACGUAUAG